AUGAUUACUAUUCGAAUUUUUCUCCAACAAGCAGCAUCUUUCGACUGGGAAGUUCAUCAAAUGGACGUACAUAACGCUUUUCUCCAUGGUGACCUUGCUGACGAGGUCUACAUGAAAUUUCCUCCUGGUUUUCGUACUGGUGAUACAAAUAAGGUAUCUCGUCUGCACAAGUCUCUUUAUGGGUUGAAACAAGCUCCCCGCUGUUGGCUUGCCAAGCUUGCUCAAGCAAUGAAAUUUUUUGGUUUUGUUCAAGAAUACUCUGACUAUUCCUUGUUUGUCUUGGUAACCAAUAAUGCUCGUCUUCAUGUCCUGGUUUAUGUUGAUGAUUUGAUCAUCACUGGGAGUUCUAUUCAUGUCGUCAACGAGUUUAAAUACUACUUAAGUUCUUGUUUUCACAUGAAAAAUUUGGGUAUUCUCCGUUACUUUCUCGGCCUCGAGGUUGCACGUAGUCCUUCCGGUAUUUACCUCUGUCAACGUAAGUAUGCUCUCGACAUUAUUGCUGAAACUGGUCUUCUCGGUGUUAAACCGAUUACCUUCCCGUUGGAACAGAAUCACAAGCUUGCAUAUGCUAAAGGGUCUCCGUUUCCGGAACCUGCACGUUAUCGUCGACUUGUUGGUCGCCUGAUUUAUCUCGGAAACACACGUCCGGAGCUCUCUUAUGCCAUUCACAUUCUCUCCCAAUUCAUGGAUAGUCCUCAACAGGCACAUUGGGAAGUUGUUCUCCGGGUCGUCUGUUACUUAAAGAAUAGUCCUGGCCAAGGUAUCCUUCUUCGAGCUAAUGCACCACUUACUUUAACAGCCUGGUGCGAUUCCGAUCACGCAACCUGUCCUUUUACGCGUUGCUCCCUCACUGGUUACUUCAUUCAACUAGGUGGUUCGCCUCUGUCUUGGAAGACAAGAAAGCAAGAUGUUGUUUCUCGCUCUUCCAUCGAGGCGGAGUAUCGCGCCAUGGCGGACACUGUUAGUGAAAUUCUUUGGCUUCGUCAACUUCUGCCUUUUCUUGGUAUUACGGUUACUACACCUAUUACUCUUUACUCUGAAAAUUUGUCCGCGAUUAUGCUGGCUGGUAAUCCUGUUUUUCAUGCUCGCACGAAGCAUGUUGGUACAAAUUGUCAUUUCAUACGGGAUGAGAUCAUUCGUGGUACCAUUGCUACUCAACAUGUCUCUACUACUACUCAGCUCGCGGACAUUUUGACAAAAGCAUUGGGACAAAAACAAUUUGAAGUUUUUUUGGACAAGCAGGGUGUUUGUAAUCUCCACACUCCACAUGAUUGUGACAAAAACAGCUCGCGGUCUCAUAUACGAUUAGGUCACCCUUUGUACUCGAGAUCAUGA